CUCACUUUGUUUUUAACAUCAAUAUAAUUUACUUCUCCAUUUCGUAAUUUGGAAAGUGUUGAUUACUGAUUUUUCUGUUUCUCUCCACUUUUUUAAGAGUUUGGAUGUGGGGGUUACUGGAAAGUCAUCUUCUGAAGAAAAGACGGAAUUUCUACCAAUAUUUCGGUCAGGAAGUUGUGCUGAAAGAGGACCCAAACAGUAUAUGGAAGACGAACACGUAUGCAUUGAUGAUCUUAUUCAGCAUAUAGGUCCCGCCUCAACUAUUCCUUUACCUGGAGCUUUUUAUGGGGUGUUUGAUGGCCAUGGAGGUACAGACGCAGCUUUGUUCAUAAGAAAUAACAUCCUCAAAUUCAUAGUUGAGGACUCCCAUUUUCCAACUUGCGUGGGGCACGCAAUUACAAGUGCGUUUCUGAAAGCAGAUUAUGCAUUUGCAGAUUCAAGUUCUCUUGAUAUCUCCUCUGGGACCACUGCUUUAACUGCUCUUGUAUCCGGAAGGACCAUGAUAGUUGCCAAUGCCGGGGACUGCAGAGCUGUACUGGGGAGGCGAGGUAGAGCAAUUGAGAUGUCAAAAGACCAGAAACCAGAUUGCACUUCGGAAAGGCUAAGGAUUGAGAAACUUGGUGGAGUGGUGUACGAUGGAUACCUGAAUGGGCAGUUAUCUGUUUCCCGUGCCUUGGGAGACUGGCACAUGAAGGGUCCAAAGGGUUCUGCCUGCCCCUUGAGUUCUGAGCCAGAGCUGCAGGAAAUCAUCCUCACUGAGGAUGACGAGUUCUUGAUCAUGGGCUGUGAUGGCCUAUGGGAUGUAAUGAGUAACCAAUGUGCUGUGACCAUGGCAAGGAAAGAACUAAUGAUACAUAAUGAUCCUCAAAGGUGUUCAAGAGAGCUGGUCAGAGAGGCUCUAAAGCGAAACUCGUGUGAUAAUUUGACUGUUAUAGUGAUAUGUUUCUCCCCAGAUCCUCCUCCUAGGAUAGAGACACCUCCUUCUCGGGUCAGGAGGAGUAUAUCAGCAGAAGGCCUCAAUUUACUUAAGGGUGUGUUGGAUUGUUAGUGUUGUUUCCUUAUGGUUGUUUAGGUUUAGAAAGCAUGGACAUUGUUGUGUGUAUAAAAAACUGCUAUUGAUCUUUGUUAUGGAGGUUGCUGGAGGAUCUUGGCUCUCCAGUGCUGCCCCAUACAUUUCGAGCUUAUUUUUAUCUGUUCACCUUCCUAACUCCCGUUAGAUCUGUCUUGUUGUACAUAUGAGAUUAUGAGAUCAGAAGUUUCUUCA